UGGCAAGCUCAGACCAUCCGCAUCAGCGGUUUAUGGGGGGGUCAUGGGCUCGGGAUCUUAGGCCCGAUCAAUUAAAAGAAAAAGUAAAAUGGGUAUAUAUCGCUGAACCGGGCCUUAGUUAUGAACCCGUAAGGGGCGAGUUCAAGCCACGUGUCACGCACAGAUUGGCUGGUAGUUUCCGCGUUGACCUUGUGGAAAGACGGGAUUUCGCGUUUCUCUCCUCUCUAAAAAAAGCUAGGGUUUCUCAUCCCUGCGGCGAUCUUCGGUGCGACGGCGAAUUCCGUAGGUUUUGUCCAUCAAAUCGACGACGGUCUCUGUUCUCGACGCUCUAAGGUGAGUAUAUAGUUGAUUAAAUAUGGAUUAGAGUCGAUUUGGGAGGUUUUUUUCGAAUUGCGAAUUGUGUGAUUCAAAAUCGAUUUGGGGGUUUUUUUCUUAGGGUUAUUAAUCGAUAAGGGAGUUCGAUUGAGAGUUCGUUUAAUCAUAUUCCAUCAUUAUUAUGUUUUAAGGUUCAUUUCUUUGGGAUCUAAAUCGAAUUGUGAAAAAAAAAAAUUGGGGGUUUUUGGUGAGAGAUCUAAAUCGAGUAGUAGUAUGUUUAAUGGUUCUGUUCUCAUCGAUAUCUAAUCGAUUUUCCGUUCUUGGUUUGCAUUUUUUUGUUUAAAUCGUUAGGAGGGUUCGAUUUCGGUUUGCAUUUUUUCAUUUUGUUGUGUUAAAUAUUGUCGAUUUUGUGUGUUCUUGUGUGGUCUUGUGUGGUCUAUAGUUGCAUGCAUAGGACAGGAACAUAAUCUUCUUGUGUGGUCUAUAGUUGCAUGCAUAGGACAGGAACAUAAUCAUAGAACUAUACAUAGGACAUGAAUAUAACCGGUUGUUGCAGAUGGAAACUCCCCGAGAACCUCAUUUCUUCAAGCCUCUUCUUCCUGGUUUUCAAAGUGGCGUGGUAUUCUCAGUUCUUGAAGCCUAUUUUUCCUUAUUUUGUAUGUUGGUAUUUAGGAUUUAUGUUUAACUAUUCCUUCUCUUACUUGCAGGCAAUACCACUUGACUUCUACUCAAAACACAUACAAGGGGCUGAGAUCAAUAAACCAUGGAAGCUAAGAUCGGACGCUUCGGAUCAAAUUUGGGAGGUGAUCCGAGAAGGCAAGACACUCACCAAAGGUUGGAAAGAGUUCACCGAAGCACAUGAUCUUCGAAUCGGCGACAUUGUCAUCUUCAAACACGAAGGAGACAUGGUCUUUCAUGUGACUCCUUUUGGUCCUAGCUGUUGUGAGAUUCAGUAUACACAUCCUCACAUCGUUAAGGAAGAAGCCGACGCGGAUGAUGCUCCUACUUUCUCAUACGACUACUGCUUCUUGGCUGAGGUUACUGCUACAAAUCAAAAGGACGACAAAAUGUUUCUUCCUGUGGAAGCUAUGAGGUGUGGUGCUUUGAACCAACAAUGCAAAGAGGUCAAACUUGUCAACAAGGAGGGAAAGUCAUGGACUGCGUGCUUCGGAUUUAGCGAAUCAGACGGCACAUAUUACAUCAGCAGAGGGUGGAGAAAGUUCUGUCGUGAUAACAGAUGCACCAACGGAGAUUUGUUUGUGUUCAACGUGGUCGGAGACGGGACGACAACUCCAUUACUGUGUGUAUGUCCGGAAAGGAAGGAGUGUACUGAACUACUGAUCAACCACUUCAGCAGAAUCGAUGGUAAGUCUUCUCAUUUGACUUGUUUGUGUUGUCUAUAUCUUCAAUGUUACUACUUUGCUUCUGCUUUAAAUUGUGUUCUCUUCUUCUACAGGUAGCAUUGCUUCUACCUCACGAAAUUAGAUGGCUCUUUUGCGGUCUUUCCUCUCUAUCAUCUUAACUUGUUUCUUUUUGUUUCAUUAGCAACUUAUCAACUUAUGUAUUUCGGUUUGUAAAACUUGAAUGGUUUUUCUAUGUGAACUUUUAUGCUAAGUUAAACAUUCUCGAACUUAAUUCCUUUGUUGAAUGCGUAGACUGAUCAUCGAACAAAAUGUUUCUAUGAAUUGAAUUUAAGUUAAGAAACAACAUAAAAUUUUAAAACAUAGCUUUUCUACAUUUGAAAACACAAACCAAAAUAUUAAAACAUAUCUCGAAAGCCAAAACUUAAACUCCAAAACUCUAAAUGAUUUCAUCAAUUUUAUAAUACAUUUUUAUAUUUUAUUCAUGUAUUCUCAAUAAUUUUUAAUUUAAAAAAAAAAUUACUAUUUUAUUCCUAUGAACUUCUUCUUCGGGUUCACUAAUGCAGAAAACAACAAAUUCGGGUUCAUAACUGCUCAUGGGCCCAUAAAAAAUAUUAAAAAAAUUUGAUGAACCCCAAAGUGGGAUUCACCAAUGCUCAUGCUCUCAUGUGUCCUCCUAAUCUCAUACAAAACGACGCCACUGAAACUCGA